AUGACGUCAUGGGUCCUUAGCGUAUUCAGAGAUAGGUCACGCUUCCUCAUGCUCACACUCUACAAAACCAUGGUGAGAAGCAAACUCGAAUACUGCUGCCCGGUGUGGAACCCUGACAAGAUCAGCGAUAUAGAAGCUAUUGAAAGCAUCCAACGACACUACACUCGUCGAAUCAGUGGCUGCCAGAACCUUGAUUACUGGGAACGCCUGCAGAACCUGAAUCUUCUCUCAUUACAAAGACGCAGAGAACGAUACAUCAUAAUCCAUACAUGGAAGAUGAUGAAUGGAUUAGCUCCGAACGACAUCAACAUGCAGUUCAAGGAAAGCUCCCGACACGGUGUAAAGGCCACUGUGCCUGCAUUUAACAAAAAGGCACAAUGCUCAAUCUCGACCCAUUAUGAAAACUCUUUUGGAGUAAAAGCAGCCAAACUAUGGAACCUGCUCCCCAAGGAAGUUAACACAAUCCAAGUCUUGGAAACUUUCAAAUCCUCCCUUGCUAAAUUCCUGAAAGGCUUCCCGGACACCCCGCCCACAAAAGGGUAUACCGCCAUCACAAAUAAUUCUCUUCUGGAAUGGACUCUACAAAAAGAUCUAAGCCAGGAGUGA